CUCGUCAAGUUCAAACGGUGUUCUCCGGGAGCAACUCCGAGUUUGAGGAUUGUUGUGUGUUUUUUUGAAAUCUGGAUUUUCUUGAGUGAUAUCUGGAACCGUGUGUGGAAAGUGUCAGUCACACAGUUUUUCGUGAAGAAUUCGUGAAAACGUUUGCAAGGAAGAAGGAUAGUGAGUUUUCUGAUUUUUUUUCGGGAUUGGGCAUCCCGGGCUGUGUGAUGCAGGCGAAUUUUGCGGUGCAGUGUCAGAACACGUUUCGUUUUAGCUGAGUUUGAUAGGUGUUUAUAAUUGCGGAAGGAUUUGAUUUGGAUGUGUUUGGUUCAGUGGAGAAGAUCGGAUUGUGGCGAAGGACGUUUUUUUUUCUUCGAUGUGAGAAAAUAUAUCCUGUGCGGUGAGGAUUAUGUAAAGCAGUAGUUGUGGUAUUGGUUUGUACGGGACGUGCCUCCAAGGAAGUCACACGACCGAGUUAUGCGUGUGGGAAAUUGCGACAUCUGAUUUAAUUGAUUUUUCUCUUCGCAAACCGGGCAUACUCUCCUGGUUGGAAAAGAUUUUUUUUAUUGGCGGACAACACACAGCUGAGAGGCACCUCAUAACCCGAGAACCGAAGCAAAACAGGAAAACAGGUUGGGAAGUUGUCCUCCCCAAAAGUGGAAUCACCCACUGCAGCAGAGUGGCGAGCACGGGGACUCGUUUUUUGCGGAUGCGUUGUCAUAGAGUGUCCUGCCGUCUCGAGCCACCAGCGCCGUCGUGUCGAUUCAUACCGACAACGUCAACGUCCCCGUGAAUACCUACGUAGUCGACAGUAGCAGUAGCAGCAGCAGCAGCAGCAGCAGUCAGGCAUCGAUGUUGUCAAUGAGAGAAGAGUGUUACCCCGCAAUGGAAAAUGGGUUAAAUGGAUUGACCUAGGCCGCCGUCGGUAGUCUACGUCGUCGCUGUCGCUGUUCGAGUGCGAGAGAAUCCUGCCUGGCCAAAGGCGUUUGCCCAGCAGUAGCAGUGGCAAAACAGUACGGGACGUGAAAGGUUUAAUUCAAUUAAAAUCUAGACAAGACAGCAGUGACUGCGGCGGGAGGAAAGUGAAAAUUCCUUCUUCCGCGUGAACGGUACACCAGAGAGUAGCCGCGAACCGAGGAGCGUGUGUGUGUUUGCAGAAUUUUUCUUCGUUUUGGCUUGAACCGUAGCGAUAAAAUAGAAGCAGCAGAACCACCAGCAGAACGUCGCAAGUCGACACGGGGCGGUGUGUUGAACAGAAGUGGCCACGAACCGCAUCGCAGAAAGCAGUGGAGGCUCGGAAGGAAGAGCGCACAGCACAGGCCUACCGUGGCCGACCAACAGACAACUAUCGGCAGUAGUGAGUCACAUGAGUAGAUGGUAGGCAGGAGCGCCCGUGAGAGUGCGAGAGUCCCAUUUCGGCAAGAGAACCCGCUCGGGAAAACGCGCUGAGAACGAACACGGAUUUUCUUGGCCCACAGCACACGGAGAGGAAAAUCCGGCGGCCCCACGAGAGGAAUCACUCACACCGAACGGAACCACCAGGAAGGAAGGAUCGUCUUUUCGCCGGUUGCACCCGUCGUUGGCCUCUGGUGUUGGUUGCUCAUUAGUAGUUGGCUACUGCUGAACCGCGUGCGAACACUCCUCAGAGAUCACGGAUCCAGGAAGCAAGUUUGCGUUUCGGGAAUCAGAAUUCUUCAAAAGUUUCAAGUCCGGCUGGUGUGUAGAACAAUUAGGUAAUCGGGCACUUUUACCCCAGUUGGUGUUGCGAGCAAAUUUUUUGGAGACGGAAAAUCCGAUCGAAAGCAAAAGGAAAAUCAAUUUACGUGUGUAGUUGUGCAAAGUUUUUUCCUACAUCCACGUUAUAUAGACUCUUGUUAUUUCUUUUAGUCCCCGUGUUCUGUAGUUGCCGUGUGUACAUAAAAAAGCGAAAGGAGAGGCGAGGAAAAAACAGUACGAAGAAUCAGUUUCUGUACCGCAGUGGGACGUUAAUUAUAUAAGAAUAAACUUGAUUUUUGAGUGUUUUUCUGUUUGUUCAAUUAGAGGAAAUUUUUCAGUGCGAAUUGAUAAUUGAAUAAGUGUUUCUUUCUCCAACCUCCCAACGAGUGACAGUUUUUCUGCGAGGAACAGGAGCAACGACCGUUUUUCGCUAAACCUAGUGUUCAUAGCCAGUGCUUAGUUAGCUAAAGUUUGACGCAGUUUGGUGUUAGUAGGAUAUAAGCCAUCAUUCGCAACUAUCUACCUAUCGGUGUUGUACGCUUUCAGUGCAUUACAAUUUACACUCAAACUGUGGGAAGUGAAGACAAACAGUCUGUUCCGGAGUUUUCGAACGAGCGCAGUGCGAUAAAGUGCAAAGUGAUUGGAGCUCGGAAUCGGUGCAGAAGAUUGGGUUCUUCUUGGUGUUCUAGCAAAUCUAAACCAUAAUUGCAAUCUUUAAUAAACCGCGAAUCGGGGUGAUUGGUGAUUCCUACUUCUGUUUGGUGGGUGGCCGCUGCCGUGCGUUCGACCGGUGUGUGGGUCAGCGAGAAUCCCCUGCCCUGCCCUGGCGCGGUUGAACUGUGAUGGUGCUCUACGUGAAGGAUUUCUAUCGUAAGGAGCCCGACCGGCUGAGGCAGCCGCGACUCGUGUAGCUCUGCCAUGAACAAGCAUCUCUGGAAUAGCGAUACAUCCUGGGGAUGUGUCCAGGCGUUGCUGGCGCUGAUCCUGACCAUCCUGCUGUUGCCCGGUCCAGGUGGCGCACUGGACCCUGGCAUCGACCUGCUCGACGCGCUAAGUUUACACACAAAUUUAUCCCAAUAUCAAGGGGUUACAGUCACACAAGAGUAUCAACAUCAAAGGGUAUUUCAUUUGUCAGGUGGCGAUCGAAAUCUAGUCCUUCCGACGUCGGUUUUUCACCGGGCCGUGGACCAGAUGAAGCGGACGCCAGAUUUCACGUUUGCCGUCGUCCUGAAGCAGGAGCAAGCUAACUCUGGGACCAUCGUUUCCUUUUCAAACGGAAACAAUAGGUAUUUAGAAUUACAAUCAAGUGGAAGACGUGACGAAAUACGUUUUCAUUACACACACAUAACAGCAGCGGGCGUGUCGCAGAUGCACACCGAGUCCUUUCCGUAUCGACUCGCGGACGACGCCGAGCACAAGGUGGCGCUAACGGUCAGCGGCACCGAGGUGCAGCUGUACAUCGACUGCCAUCCACUGUAUAAACGAGUGACACAUUUUUUACCAGAUAGAAAUUUUAGUGCUUCCAAUAUGCAAUUAUUCGUCGGACAAAGAAACUCAAAUAGUCAUUAUUUAUUUAAGGGUGAUUUAAAAGAUUUACGUAUUAUCACCGGCCCGUACGGUUAUUUAUCACAAUGUGAACUAAUGGAUGCACAAUGCCCCACCUGUGGGCAGUACUUAGAGUUAGAGAAUGCUUUACUAGAUUUAAAAGAAAUGAUUACGCAUUUAUCAAGAAGGCUAGUGGCUGCAGAGCAACGCGUUUCGAGUAUAGAGGAAUGUGAUUGUAAAAAAUCAUGCCUAAUUAAUGGUACAAGUAAAAACGAUGGUGAUAUAUGGGAUAUAGGUUGCAGUCAGUGUAAAUGUGAGCGUGGUGAAGUCACGUGUGGUCCAAGACCAUGUCCAGAGGUUAAGUGUAAACAUCCAGUAUUAGAGGAGGGUGAAUGUUGUCAUAAGUGUUUAAAAAAUUGUUAUAUUAAUAAGAAAGACUAUGAACACGGCGAGAAGCAGAUCCUAGGCUGUCGAAACUGCUCGUGCAUAAACGGCAAUAUGAUGUGUGAAAGACUGGAGUGUCCGGAGCCCAAGUGCCCGACGGAGCAGCGAAUAUCGGUGCCGGACGAUUGCUGUAAAUAUUGUCAAGGAGUGGACUAUUGCUCAAAGGGUCACGCAUGUCAUACUAACGCUACGUGUCUUAAUCUUAACACCAAGUACACGUGUACCUGUCGCUCGGGCUUCCACGGAGAUGGGUAUGAUUGCUCUGACAUCGACGAAUGCGCUCAGCAAGGUGGUUCUGAUGGUAAUCACUGCCAUUUGAACACGCGCUGCGUCAACACGUUCGGUUCGUACGUGUGCGAGUGUCUGCCCGGCUACCGGCAGCUGGACAAGUUCAACUGCGUCGAGGUGGACGAGUGCAAGUCGCCGGACAUGCACAGUUGCCACCAGCAUGCGGACUGCACCAAUACGGCCGGCUCGUAUCACUGCCGUUGCAAGGCUGGCUACGAGGGCGACGGGUAUGACUGUAAACCGGUGUGCAAUCAAACUUGUCUGAAUGGGGGCGAAUGCCGGGCGCCCGGAGUGUGUACGUGCCGUGCCGGCUACAUGGGCGAAUCUUGCGAGAAGGAUCUGGAUGAAUGUGCGACCGGUGUGCACCGGUGUAAGGAGACAACGAACUGUGUUAACAUGCCAGGAUGGUACUUUUGCAAAUGCAAGCCUGGAUUUGAAACCAAAGGAAAAGAUUGUGUAGAUAUAGAUGAGUGCUAUCUGAACACGCACAGCUGUCAUCCGACGGCCCGGUGCGUGAACACGCAGGGACAUUUCGAGUGUGUGUGUCCGUCGGCUGAGGAACGUGCCAGCGGGAUGGUGCUAUCCAGCGCCAGCGAGUGUAGGUUAAGUUGUAUGUUCGAGGACAGUGAAAUUCCGAACGGUGGCCAAAUUUCGCCCCGGAAUCAACCGUGCAAGGUUUGCACCUGCUCCAAUGGGGUAAUCAGCUGCUUGGAACCACCGUGCAACUGUUCGUCCUGGCGGAGGGGCAGCGGGCGAGACCUGUGCUGUCCGCAGUGUGAUCCCAAAGAGUCCUGCCAGCACCAGGAGCUGAAGCAUGUGACAUUCCGCAGCGGAGAGCAGUGGAUUUACCAGUGUCAGACGUGCGAGUGUCUGUACGGUGAAUUCGACUGCUGGAAGCUCGAGUGUCCACCGCUGACUUGUGAUAAUCCACUCCCACUGGGACCGGGCGAUUGCUGCCCGCGAUGUCCGGACGACAUGUGCGGCCUCGACAACGCCACCACCAACGGGAUCACCGGAGGCUCCGGGAGCACCUGCCUGUACGGGCAGCACAUCUACGCCUCUGGGCAGUCGUUCUCGUCCAGAGAGUGUGCCACCUGUUCCUGUAAGGUCCCCUACUGUGCCCAACUGGUGAGCAAUUCCGCGUGUUGUGUGCAUCGGACGGUAAGAUCACCUGUCGUUACGAUGAUCAUUGUGAUGACAAUGAACUACGAAAGAUUGAAGGGCCUCCUGCAAAUGAUAGUGUUAAGGGUAGUAUUUCUAAUAAUAAAUCAUCGCAAACAACGACCCCAAAGACAUCACCGCAAACAGCAGCAGCAGACUACAGCAGUAGCAUCGGAACAACGACAGCCACGAAGAUCCCACCACCUCCCGCGACAGACCUCCUCUCAGCUACAGCUACGACAACUUCAGAACAAUCAACCUCAUCAGCUUCAUCUACAGCAGCAGCAAUACCAAAGCCAAGUUCAUCCAGCAGUAGCGCUACCCAGCAGCAGGAGGCACAACUUCAACCGAAGUUACACACUCGAAAUCCGUCAAACGCAGCAAAGAAGCUACUCAAGCGAUCGCUACCAUCCGAAGCGACCGGUAGCCUCCAGACCACAACGUUUGCAACACCUCUCCGAAGGUAUAUUGGUAACUAAGUUCAUCAAGAGCAAUGAGAUGACCACGUGGAUCAUCUGAUGAUGAAAUCGCACGUGCUCCCCCCAUCCUUCCCUCAUUUUCCUCUCCCACAUCGAGAUCCAUCGACAAAACUAGAAAUCCAGAACUUCAUGUACCAUCUUCGUCCCCCUCUCAUUUGAAAAAUCUCAAAACAAAGCGCUCCAAGAUGUUUAUGUAAAGACCUGUUUUACCUGUGUAGUUACAUGUACAAUUCUUUUGUAAUUUGAACUAGCGGUUGAACAAGUUUCUGAAAAACAAAAACAAAUCACAUGCAUAGGAAAGUUUUAAACAAACGAGAAAGCUAGAAAAUUUAAAAUUACUACAGUUUUUAACUCCAAAUAACAAACAAAAAAGAAGAAAACUAAAAUACGGUUAUGACAAGACAACGCCCAAAACGACAAAAAAUAAAUACACAAUACUUUAUACCAAAUUCAAUCCAAAUCCAAAAUCUACCGUCGCGUAUUUUCUCUCUACAUUUAUUCACAAACUCUUGCUCUGUCUCUCUCUUUUAAAUAAAAUUCUCCCGAACAAAGAUAACAAAACAAGAAACGAAAAAAAAAAUGUAACCAAGCGCAUCAAGUAAAAGUCGAUUAGUAUAAAACAAAACAAAAACAAACAAACAAAACAACGCUUAGGAAAUUUAACAAUGAAAGUUCGCUUGAAGAAUGAUGAAACCGAAAUCAAAAGCACCCGGUCAUGUGUUGUAAGCUAUAUAGCAGAAACGGUUUUUUAAUUGCAGCAACAGAUCCGAAUUUGUGUUGGGGGUAAACUGUUCCAACUGUGAUUCGUUCCACCACACUCGACUGUAUUGAAAAAAAAAUCUGUUCUUGGGAUGCACAGUUUGAAACGUUUACCUCCACAAAAUCGAACCGAAAACCAGAAGCAUACAUUCCUGAACGCAGAAACUGAACAUGAAAAUUUUACUGACGCUGAAAGUAUUAAAACCAAACGGAAAAGCAACUUUGACGUGUGAGGCAAAACCGAAAAAAAAUGUCGAAAAAAGUAUGAUUAAAAACAGUUGAACAAGUGUACAUAGUAGUUGAAUAGUUUGUAAAAAGCCCUAAAUACUAAACCACAAUAUGAAAUGGCGAAUAAUCCUGUUUGUAAGAUUUUUAUUAUUUAUUACAGUGCAGACGUGAACGAUUGUUUCCAUCGAAACAGCAACAUCGUGGCUAAAGCGUAACCCUGAUUUACUUGCCCUAACAAAAGUUACAAAACAAUAACAGAUGAUACUGAAAGCAAACACACAUACACUCAUACACAAAUUGAACCUAAUCUAACGAGAGCAAACACAAAAAAAUGCUAUAAUCGAACGUAAAACGCAAAUUGUUCUAUUGCUAUUUCGAAACCGGUCGAUUGUCACAAUUCUAGUCAAUUUCAGUUAAUGGUUAAGUGUAACUUAUUUAUUACCAAGUCUUAUUUUCGGUACCAAAACAUAUUAUUUCUCCACUUACAUUUAAUUCUGUUAAAACAUAAAUAGAGAAGUAAACAAAACAAAAAAAAAUAACAUGAAACAAUCAAACACAUUCGCUAGGAAGGUAACGAAAGGGAAGGUAUUUUGAGUAAUGUAAGAAAGUGCAUUUUUAUUUGUAGGGAUGAAAUAACGCGUUGAAGUAAGAACGAAAUUCUAGCUGUAAACAAUCAGUGACAGAUGAGAAGAAAGAAGAAAAAAACACAACAAUGACGUUUCGAAACCCUCAGAUAUGACAUAACAAUAAAUGAAAAAGAUGGUCGUUUUUACGCAUGCAUGCUGCUGACGCAGCAGGCGUUGAAUCCCUCACACACACACCCAUACACACUGAACGAAUUAAUACUGUUAGAUGUAAAAGCAAGCAACCAAUUACUACUGUAGGUCAGUUUGUUUUCGAACACAAAAAGGUAAACAAAUAAGAAAUUGGAGAAAGAAAAUAUUAGUUCCUUCUGUCAGAUGUACCACAUUGCAAAUGCUGUAUAAAUUUCAAACUGGUUAUAACUGGUAGUUUUAACAAUUGUAUAGAAUUUGAACCAGUUGUGAACGAAGCAAACAAGAACCGGUAUGUUUGUGUGUGUAUUUUAGCGAAGCCAGGCGCAAUGUUGCAUGUAGAAAAUUCAGAAACAACAACAAACAAUCUAUAAUAUAAUUUAUUGUGAAGCUCGUCAAAUGCCAGCGAAAACAAACCAAUCUAACUGAGAAAAGAGACAACUGAAAUCCAACUCAAUUUACUCAAAAUUUAUGUGUAGGAUGUUUGUUUGUGUUCGUCUCGUGUGACAGCAGCGUUUUUUUCUUUCGUCACGCUUUUCGACUCACGAUUUGCGUUUUUGGUGUGCGUGUAAAUAGUGUACGCGAGCUCUAGUAUGGUAAAUGUUCUGUGUUCUAAUUGGUUUCCUUUUUGCCGAGCAAAAUAAGCUUUGACUAACAGCAACAAACAACACACACACGUGUGCCGGUGUGGAUUUUUGCAUUGAUUGCAACGCAAAGAACAAUGGACGAUGCUCUCUGUUUUUAGACUGUGUAUUUGAAAAUACUCUCCUAAGUUUUUGGCCUUUUUGAUGAUGCAGGAUAAUGCAUUAGUGCUGGCGAGAUAAUUAGCGUUGUAUUUAGCGACAGAUUAACUAUAAUGAAACAAUGUAAUAAAGAAAAGCAUACAAUAAAAUUUCACUAAAAAUUGAUCUAAACUGUAUGGUAGGACAAAAAUAAAUUAUUAACUGUCAUGUAACUAUCACUAGUUAAGUUUCUAAUCCUAGCGAGUAUAAAGAAAUUCCUGUAAAUAUUAGUUAAUAAAAUAAAAAAAAAUAUAAGAAAAACCAGCAAAAUAUUAGAAAACCGAGAAGAGCAAAACAAACAGGAUCGGUUUAAAGGAAAUAACUAAACCCGAAGGAAAUCAACCCGUUUUUCGAUGGCACAGAGAACCGAAACCGAAAGAAAUACUAUCCAACAGAUGUUGAGAAAAUGGAGAAAAAAUCGAAAAACAAGAAACAAUUAUGAACAAAAAAGAACCGUGUAUAGUGGUUAGAAAAUUGUAAUUUUAUUUGGUCUUUAUAUUUAUAUUAAAUAUAUAUUUUAACAAUUUCUUUUAAUAAAAACAAGCCAAUUAAAUGAACAAUUA